AUCGAGCCCACUUUUUUUCUUCAUUCUGUGGGUUGUUUCCUCUUCUGUUAGCAAGCCACAAUGUCUGGACGUGGAAAACAAGGCGGCAAAGCCCGGGCAAAAGCUAAAACGCGUUCUUCCAGAGCCGGGCUUCAGUUUCCCGUCGGCCGUGUGCACCGUCUGCUCCGCAAGGGCAAUUACUCGGAACGAGUCGGGGCUGGCGCGCCGGUCUACCUGGCGGCGGUGUUGGAGUAUCUGACUGCAGAGAUCUUGGAACUCGCUGGCAACGCGGCCCGCGACAACAAGAAAACCCGCAUCAUCCCGCGCCACCUGCAGCUGGCCAUCCGCAACGACGAGGAGCUUAAUAAGCUUCUAGGUCGCGUGACUAUCGCACAGGGCGGUGUCCUGCCCAACAUCCAAGCCGUACUGCUGCCUAAGAAAACGGAGAGUCACCAUAAGGCCAAGGGCAAGUAAAAUGAUUACUAGUCAAAUCCAUCAGUGAUCUCGAGACCCUGAAACCAAAGGCUCUUUUCAGAGCCACCCACGUUUUCCGUAAAGCGCUGGAGUACACAU